AUGUCCGUCCACCAAAAAGACUUUCCUUUUCUUUGUUUGUCGCAAAUAUUCUCUGAACUUUCUGAGAGUAGCAGUGAUCUUUACUCAUGUUUGCGUGUUAACCGCAUGUGGUAUAAUUGUGCCGCUGAAUAUCUUUGGGCAACGCCUUUCUACUGGCAUGGAACUAAGGCGGGCAGAAUGCUUGGCAUAUUUCUACCAUUGUUAUCAAAAGAACAUUUCGAUUGCUUGGAAUUCGAUAUCCCAACCACACAGCCGACGAUCAACUACUUACAACUUGUCAAGACACUAAGUAUGCCAUGCUGUAUGAGUGCGAUAGAACGUUAUGUGUACAUGAUUAAUUCCCCAGACUUUCCCGAUAUGAUAACAGACGGAAGAAUAGAUGCAGAACUUUUAAAUGAUACGGAGAAAUGUACGAACCUUCUACUUUUAAGACUCUGCAGGGGAAUGAUCAUAGCUUGUCCUUCCUUGACGGAAAUUGAUAUGAUCGUUUAUUCAAAGAGCAGCUACCAAUGGAAUGCUUCUGACUGGAACUUAUUCAAUAUAGAGACAAAUCUGAAUCACGUAAGGCAGAUUAGACUCUCACAAGGAUUACAUCCUAAUAUCCUACGCAGUGCUGCAGAAAACUUGAGAGAUAUUGAACUGCUUGAUUGGUCAGAAUCGGGGGUAUACAUUAAAGAUAUAUACUAUUACUAUAGUAACAUUAGUAAACUUAUAAGCAAUCAAAAAGGUUUAAAGAAAGCAUUUUUUCUUGCCCAUAAUCCUUCUGAAUUGAGUCUACAAUUAAUCUGGGAAGCAUUGUGUACUCAGGCAAGAACACUUAGAAGGAUUGAGAUUUAUACAGAUGCAAACAUAUGGACCAUAUUCAACACUUUUGGUCAAUGCAUCAAUCUUUCUCACAUUAAGUUGGCUAAUUGUAUAUUAUGUCCUCAUGAUUGGUUGGAAUUACCAUCGGACAUAUUUGCUAACCUUAAUAUUCUUGAAUUAGAGUCAGUUGAAUUUAACUAUUAUGGAAUUUGUGCUCUGCUUGGAAAUGUUAAAGAGAAUUUAAAAACGAUUUCAGUGAAAGAUAUAAAAUAUGAUACAGAUUUAUGGAGAACAUGUGCAGUAAAUACACCAAAUCUUACAAAGUUGGAAGUAAGAAUUGAGCUGAAAAGUUAUAUUCCAUUAAUACAAAAUGGUCUUUCAUUGUGGCAAAAUCUGGAAAGUUUGUCUAUUGUUAUUUGUGGAACUCAAUUUGGUAAGGAAAAUAAUGGAUUACUAUCAAGAGUAUUACUUUCACUUGGAGAAAAUUUACCUAAAACAGUAAAGGUUUUUGAGUUGAUAAUCUUUCAUCAAUUACCAUCAGAAACCUUCACUUCCUUUCUAUCUGUUUGUUCAGCAAGGAUUGAAUCAUUCUUUCUUAGAAUUAAUGGCAUUAAUGAUGAACAUAUCAAUACAUUGUUAAAAUAUAUGGGAUGCAGUUUAAAGUCAAUCCGUUUAUUUGGUGAUGGGUAUGUUUCCCCUGAUACAAGGUCUAAAUUAAUUAAUCAAGUUCCCUAUGUUUCGUUUACUAUGUGGUAA